GAGCCUCGCUUUAAAAUGGCGGCAUUCAGUAAGCACCCCUGCUAAAGGCUCUCCCGGCACCGGGGCCACCUCGCGCAGCGCUGCUUUUGCUUCUGCCGCUAACAGAUGGCAUGUGCCGCUGUCGCUGCCGCUGCCCCCGCCGCUGCCGCAGAGAGCAGGACCCCUUAGCCCCUGGGUGUGCGCUAGCAGCAUAAGGUUUCUGAAAAGUGCCUUUUCUGAACACUGCUACUUCGAUUCCACUCUAGAGCUGUCUCUUUAUAAACCCCUCUCCCUCCCCAGCCCCCAAACCUGGUGUGCUUGCAGUUCAGUCUUAGCAACUGGUCCAUUCUUUUUUCCCCUUCAAUUCCCAGUUUUCCUAGUCUUUUUCCCUCCUCCUGAUUUUGCAGCAAAUUUUAUAUUUACAGUUGUAACAUCCUUACCAAUCUUAGUCAUUAAAUCCAAGAAAUAGGGAGAAAAACAUUUCUUCCCUUGAUCUGAGACCAUUCCACAAAUUGAAGGGCAACCAGCAGCAUAUGCUUUUUGCAAGAAUAAUUGAAAACAUCAACUGGAGAGCACAGAAUUCUUUUGAAAGCCUGCCAGUUAUUUGAAGUAACUUCGGCAGAGGAACAAAUUAAACACUCAAUAUCUUAACCUUUCUGGUUGCCUUCUUAGGAGCUGGUCUCUAAUUUAAUUUUUAACUAUUCUGAUACAAUUUUUAUUUUGUGAUUGGCUCUUUGACCAGACCAAAUUUUGGCUGAAACAAAAACCUAAGUGCUAACAAAGAAGCAUUUCACCAAAGCAACCUUACCUCUUCACAUAUAGCUUGAAUUCACUUUUAACCUUUUAACAGCAGUGAAACUGUCCUAGAGAGGGUGCACUUGAUUCUAACUUUGCUUUCAAUAUGACGGCUGUCAAUGUCACCCUGGUUCGUGACACCAAGUGGCUGACUUUAGAAGUCUGCAGAGAAUUUCAGAGAGGAACCUGCUCUCGAGCUGAUGCAGAUUGCAAGUUUGCCCAUCCGCCAAGAGUCUGCCACGUGGAAAAUGGCCGUGUGGUGGCAUGUUUUGAUUCUUUAAAGGGUCGGUGCGCUAGAGAGAACUGCAAGUACCUUCACCCUCCUCCACACUUAAAAACUCAGCUGGAAAUUAAUGGACGCAACAAUUUGAUCCAACAAAAGACUGCCGCAGCCAUGUUUGCCCAGCAAAUGCAGUUUAUGCUCCAGAAUGCUCACAUGUCAUCGCUUAGUUCUUUUCCUAUGAAUCCGUCACUUGCAGCUAAUCCUGCAAUGGCUUUCAAUCCUUACUUACCUCAUCCUGGGAUGGGCCUGGUUCCUGCUGAACUUGUACCGAAUGCACCUGUUCUGAUUUCUGGAAACCCGCCUCUCGCAUUGCCAGCAGCUGCUGGUCCCAAACUGAUGCGUUCGGAUAAACUGGAGGUUUGCCGAGAAUUCCAGCGUGGAAAUUGUACCCGUGGUGAGAACGAUUGUCGCUAUGCUCACCCCACGGAUGUUUCCAUGAUUGAGGCAAGUGACAAUACCGUGACGAUCUGCAUGGAUUACAUCAAGGGGCGAUGCACCCGGGAGAAAUGCAGGUACUUUCAUCCUCCUGCACACUUGCAAGCCAAACUCAGGGCAGCUCAUCACCAGAUGAACCAUUCAGCUGCCGCCGCUAUGGCCCGCCAGCCUGGUAUGCUUCAACUGAUACCAAAGAGAUCGGCACUUGAAAAGACCAAUGGUGCCACUCCGGUCUUUAACCCCGGCGUUUUCCACUGCCAGCAGGCUCUGGCUAACCUGCAGCUCCCACAGCCGGCAUUUAUCCCUGCAGGGCCAAUACUGUGCAUGGCACCCGCUUCAAGUAUUGUGCCCAUGAUGCACGGCGCAGCUCCCACCACUGUGUCUGCAGCACCAACACCUGCCACCAGCGUCCCCUUCGCUGCAACAGCUACAGGCAAUCAGAUACCCCCAUUAUCAAUAGAUGAACUGAAUAGCAGCAUGUUUGUUUCACAGAUGUAGAAGUUACCAGUAGAACAUUGAAAUUCUGAACAACAGAGUUACGGAGUAUCAAGAUCUCUCCAUGAGAACCUCCAUAUGGCCUUUCCAUAUAUAUUUUCGUAGGUCCUCUUCUACCAAUGCUACGAUAAGUGUGGUGCGGUCAAUAUAUUAAACCAAACGCAUAUACCAACCAACAGAUUCAAACAAAACCAAUAAAGCAUUAAACGGUCAGUGGAGAUGUUAAAACAAAACAUACAUAGAAAAUGAGUAACUAACAUUUAUCUUAUUUGAAUUAGUAGGUAGAACACGACCGUAAAGUUUUGUAGUUUGUUACAUUAUUCUUUGUGAUUUUCCAAUAACCAUUAUGCUGAGUGAAUCUCCACAGUGGACUGUUGGCUUACUGUGCAUUCUUGGUGGGUAAAUGUUCAUCUGUUUUAAAGUGUUACCUUACUGUUUUGUUUACACAAUAGUCUUUUGGGUUGAUUUAGAAUGUAACAAAUGUAUCCAGUACCAUUUGCCUCACUAUUAUUGUAUUGUGGUGUGGUGUGUUGUGUUAGAUUUUGACAUACUAUAGUGUUUUCCUCUAGAUGUGUGGUGUUUGAUUUCAACUAGAAUAUUACUAAUGGGAAACAGAAAUAUCUGUGUUCGAAAAACAUAACAGAUUAAUGUUAACAUGCUUUCUCUCUCUUUAGAACAUUUCUGUAGGUUUCUUGGGGCAGACAUUCAUUAUAAACAUGCAUGUGUAUAAUUUGUACCUGCGGAUCUGACCUUGCAUAAUACAAUCACAUGACUAGGUUUUUUUGAGAGGAGAGAGAAAUAAUUACCUGCAAAAAACAGGGAACUUCUGAAAAUAUGAACCCCUAAUCUCACUCCUCAAAAAGCUUGCAAAAUUACAAUUUACCUUUAAAGGUAAAUUUCUCAGCAUUUAUGUGAAGUGCCCAUUACGUUUCUUGUGGUUCAAGGAUCCUGUCUCCUAGGUUGAGCCAUUUGUCAACUUCAGCUGAAGGCUGGUACCUGGAGGCUUAAAGAUAUGUUAAUUGUAGGUUAUAAAUUAAACGGAGGCGAGGACAUGGAGAUAGUUUUUCCGUUUUAUGAGGAAAGUGUGUGAAAACCUUUUCCACAAGUGCCAUUCUCUGGAUGAAUAUGGCACCUGCUUUUUAGACCCCUCUUUGAAUAAUAAGAGGCAAUCUUGCAAAAGUCAGGGUGAAAGAGAAGUGGUUCUGAGUGAGGUCUUUCCUCCCCAAAUGGAUAGCCUUCUCCGUUGAUCACAGUUGGAGUAUGAGUAUAGGUUUGGGGAAACCGUGGGGGUGAGGAGGAGGGUAGGAAGACAUUUCAAGUGAGUCUCUGAUUCACUUACAACUGCUAGGAAGGCUGUCCACCGUUGUCUUUAGCUUCAGUUCACCCAAAUUUCCAGUCCUGUUGAACACUUCAGUGAAGGAGCCAACAUCUGUGUCAAGUUGCCUUUCCCAGACUUUAUUAACAGCAGAAUCAUAUCAUAACCAAGCCUUUUUUUGUUUCCUCGUUUAGAUUUGUUUGUUUUUAUAUGUAUUUGAAAAUUGUAAUAGAGAGGUUCUCAGCACCCUUUGGAUGAGACAGACCAGCUACACUCCAUGGAGCUGAGCUGAAUUCACGUUACUAAUCCUCGUGACAUAAUUGUAUAACCAAGUAAAACAGUAGUUCAUAUGGUAGGUGACAUUACCUCCUCCACUGUACUCAGUUAUUAAAGUUACUAUUGCUAUACAGUGCUGGAACCAUAAGAUACUUCACAUCAACCUAGGUUUAAUAUUUUCUACUAAAUAUAUAUUCUUUCACUAGAAAGCAUACAGUCAGCAAAUUUAAUGUCAUAGCAGGUUUGUUCUCCUUCGUGAAAAUGACAAGGAAAGAGAAAAUGGGAUUUAGGAUACCUUAAGCUGGUUAGCAGCAUUUGAAUCAUAGAACAAUGGAGUUGGCACAACCUUCUCACAAGGGAUGAAACUGGGGCCCGGGGCACAUGACCUGCCCAUGGCUACCUACCUAAUCGGUGGCAGUCAGACCCAAAAAAACCUCCGGACUUUCGGUUGUUCCUCUGUUUCGCACCGUUUGUGCUUCGGCACAUUCGCGACUCCCUCCCAAAGCAGAUCCAUUCCACUCAGAAUACAAAAGGGCAAAAUUAGCUGUGCGGGAGUUGAUAUCCUAUUGUUCUUAAUGAUCAAGCCCGAAUCACGAUCAUCAGUAAUUUCUAAAGGGUCUUGCUUGCAUCAAGACCCUGUCAUCUAUUAACAGUAUUGCCCGGCGUUAGAGAACAAGACGCGUCCAGACUUUUGCCUGUUGACUCCAUGAACCACUUAAUUUCUGUUUCCCAAAAUCUUAACGUUGUUAGAGAAGAAAGUAGAGUACACCUUUGUGAAAUAACUUGUGUAUAGAACCCGUGCUGGCGCCUCUCCAGAAAGGCAGAGCUAGUCACACAAACCCAGGAAGGAUGCACCUGAGCUAGUCUGGGGUCUUCCUUAAAGGGGCUAGAGAUGUCUUCAGUGCGAAAUGAACUCUUUUGUGUAGUUUGACGUUUUGAUACAACGUAUACUGUCUCAUUUAACCUUUUAAACUUCUGACGAAGAUGUACAUAGACAAGCAGCCUAGUGUACAGUGGUUUUUAUGAUGCUGAGAGCACUGGAAGACAUCCGUGAUGACUUAUUUUUCAGUAGGAGGUUCAGUGAAGGAUAUUCAGGGUAGUUGCAGUGUGGGUGCCACAAUAUUUGAUAUGGCUGGCAUUCUAAAAGUUACUUUGUAAGUGAAUUUAGAAGAAAGACGAUUCAAAGCACUCAAGUUUUGAUCAGAUGCAAAAGAACGUUGACAAAAAUGCAAUUGUAAGAUAGCACUCUUUAAACUAGUUGUGCAAUGACUUAUGCUGAUUCUCUUUGUUCAAGAAAAGAAACGAAGAAAGGAGAGUCAUUAGACUAUAAAUUUCCAGUUAAAAAGCCAAGUCACAAAACUAAUCAGUGACUCUAAACAAUAAUUUACUGGAUGAAUUGUAUAUAUAAAAUUCUAACCACUUGUGAUUCUUAGUUGACUUUUUAUAAGCUUUGUAUUUUAUAAGGGCUUCUAUUCUUAUUUAUCCAAAAUUAUUGUUUUUGUCCAUUUCUCUCAGCCUUUUGCAAAAAUAGGCAAGAGUACUGAAACUUGGAUAAAACAGGUCAGGUAUACAGAGAAAAUAAUCUAAAAGUUAUCUGUUAAGAGGGUUUUAGUAGUAUCAAAAAAAAAUUUUUUAAAGGCACUAUGUGAACAGAAGUAUAUUUUAAAGAGGGAUUAAGAUGAAAUUAAAACCAAAUGGAUUCAUAAAAUUGCUAUUUAAAUACAGUAUUUACUUUUGCAAUUGGAGCAUGAUUCUCUAACCAGCUGUUGCACUUCAUCUCACUUGUCUAGACUAGAGUCUAAUUUGUAGUUCAUUGUCAUGUGAAAAGUCAUCUUCUCCCUCCUCCAUCAACCUUUGCCAUCUAUUUUUGAACAUGCGAAAGCACUUUGAUACUGCCGUUAAGUGUUGUCCCGCACCGCGGGGCUGUGUUCACUAAGGUUCCGACUUACUUUAGUCUGUAGGGUAGGCUGUAAUGCACAGAAUGAUUAGAAACUGGAAUCCUCUUUCUUUUUGUCUCUUCUGCAUUUCUACACACACUGAAAUAGAAGUAGGGAAAUAGGCCCUCCCAGUUGUGUUGAAUAGAUGUAGGAAGAUAGUGGCCUCAUUGUUAAUUUUACCAGUGCCCGUCGAAGGCACCAGAAUGAAUAGUAUCUAAAAGAGUAUCACAACUUUUUUUGCAAACUUAGUUGAUAGCGUCAUCAAACUGUAGAUAAUAAUUGCAGACAUAGUUUCUGAGCACCAAGUCCCUCACUGGUGCCAGGUUUUCAUUUUUCUUUUUAGUUUUUAAGGUUUUUGUUAUACUACAUUUUUAUAUCUCUAAGUCACUAACGAAUUUAACUUUGCAGGAGAGUUAGAGAAAAGUUAAAGAUUUUACUACAUGUACUCAACCCACCUAGAUAGGUUUUAAACUGACACCGAAGCAUGACAAGAUAUAGAUUAUAGUCCAUAAAUAUUCUUUACAGUUCACAGUUUAAGAAUAAACUUAACUUUAUAUACAAAUAAUAAUUUUUUAACUAAUUAUAUUUAGUUGUUGCUUUAGCAACAAAACUACAACAUGGCUACCUUUAGACACCUGUUUUCUUUUGUGUGAUAAUUUUACUCAUUAACUAUACAUGGUUUUUGACAGUAUGAGUAUGUAGAAGGUACAGCUCAAAAUUCAGAGAACAGAUCUGGCUGAAUUUUUCUUUAAUCCCAAAUUGCCACGCGAAAGCUGAAUUUGUGUCCUUAUAUGACUUUUUGAUCAAAAAGUUUACAACACAUGGAUUCUAGAGUCAGGCUUUUUAGCUUGUAGAAUUUGUUGUGUGGAUAGGGUUAUUCCACAGUAUUUCAACUUCAAAACAUGAUCAUUGCAUUUUUAAUCUAUUAUCUGACCUUUCUUUCAUAACAUUACUUAUUCCAAAUUACUCUAUGCAGGAGGCAUAGCUGUCACUACAAAAAUUCGCUUUUCUGGAAUUAUAUACCCACCCCAACACAUCCAAAAGAGUCUUAAAGAAUGAUGGACACGUAUUUUGGAAUGAAUUCGUAUUUGUAAAACCAUACAUAAAGAUACUGUGGAAUGACCCCUUAACAGUGUUUGAGAGACAUAUGCUGCAGUAAACUGAUGGUCUCAGUUAGGGUGCGACUGUGUGAGACACACCUUUUUUGCACUUAUGUACAUAGUCCGUGAACGCUAUGCUUGGAACUUUUGUUUUUUAAAUAUAAGAAAUCUGUGAUAAUAGCAAAAAAGUAAGAUAGAGUUAUUUCUAAGGCCUUGAGAAGGAGGGGGGGUUUUGCUAGAAGACUUAACUAAAGCACGAUGUUGCUUUGCUGUUGGGGAGGCUUUCUGGUUUGCUAUAGUUCACCAAAAGAAAAGACUGGUAACAGGUAACAGGUCACCUUCCGCUAACAGCACUGACCUGACCAAGAGCGAGAAAGUCCUUUCAUCUUUUACAGUAGCAAAGAUUAUUGGCUUUUUAGAUUAAUCUCCAUUGUAAACACACACACACACACACACACACACACACACACACACACACACACACACACACACACUAGGCAGGUUUCUGGCAAAGGUCUUCCUUUUCCAAUGGUUGCAAGCAGUGAAGUACCCUGUAGGCUGCAAGAUGGAUAGAUCCAUUUUGAUCAACUUAGAUUUCAUCUUUCCCAGAAAAUUACUGAUGGAGAGGUAUCCGUUCCAUCAAUUAAUAUCCACUUAAGUGACAAUCAAAGUGUUAACGUUCACCACUACUUCUCCUUUAAAAUUCAGAUCCCAAAACCCAACUGGCAACCACUGAAAGACUUCAUUUUACAGCUAAGUAUGGCCGGCACAGGCAUUUCGUUCCCUCCAAUGAAAGGGAAAAAAAAAAUGCCUCUGGCACAACUUUAUAAAUGGCUUUAAACUUACCUUAUACCUGUUCAGUGGAAGCUGUUCUCUGACUCGCCUUUACCAGAUUAGAAAGUGCUUCAUGGUGCCAUACAGCCUCCCACUGUUUUAGCUAAACAGAAGAGAACCAGCCCAGAUCUCACAUAUGUAGCAGCUGCAAUCAGACCAUCUCGGUCCAUUUCCCUACCUCCCAUUCCCCCAUCUAACAUUUUGUUGCCUCCAGGCAAUGGGGUUAGAAAGGUGUGAGGAUAGAUCACCAUGGGUAUUUUGGGUCCUUCCCCUGCCUUGGAGAAGGAACCCAUCCUGGGAUCGGGGGGCUGGUAUUAGUAUUGCUACCCAUCUUGCUGGUUCUCCCUUACAGAGAGAGGGAAACAAGCCAAAGCCAGACAGCAAUCCAAGCCUUACAGUUGUCCAAUAGCUCAGGGCCAGUUGGUUAGAAAUUUCUCUCUUUCCCCCCGCCCCACCCCUUCAGCCCUUAAUCACGUAGAGUCAGCUCUACAACUAUCAGCCUGACCAUCUGAUACACUGGUACAAAAUGUAAGCAUUCAUGCAUUCUGUAGUUAGGGACUCCAACUUCCACCUCAUCGCCAACCUGUUUUCCCAACUUACCCUGUGUUCUUGUGUUGACAUUUCCCGGUGGAGCUAUAAGCAACAAGAAUAUAUUUUCAUAAGGUCAAGAGAAAUAUACAAUUUUAAGUGAAGAAGAAUCAUUUAUAAAAUAGUAAGAAGGAACCUAGAAGCAUCACAAAAGAUAACCAAUUAAUUGAUGGCAUAUUGCCCAUGCUGACCGCCAUUGGGUCACACUCUUUGGAGCUGAAACACAGGGGCUGUGUUUCAGUGAGUCAGAUUAGAGAAGGAAACAUAACAAAAUGUGAAUGACUUGAGGCCCAAAAGGGACCUCUGCCAUUAAACCCAGGAAAGGGCUUAGUUUGACUAGUUCAUGCAGUUUCUAGCCCCUCCACUUGGCCUUGCCUGGGAAAGAACCACCCGUUAAUACUCCAAAGCAGGAUGAUUCCAGAGAAAUUUUAUCUUUAAAUAGAACCCAGCCUCAAUAAUAGUAGACCAAAAAGGGAAAAAAAUCUAUCAUUUGAAGUCCCAACUCUUUGAAGGUAUUGCAAAAAUUCUCACUAGUCACCUUCUACAUCAUAUUAAUUUUUUUUAAAAGUACCUCUGUAACAAGACCUAAAUAAAAGUAACCCCACUUUAGGCCAUGCUCUUUUCCCCAAAAACACACAACCUAAAGAUUUAUCUGUCAUAGAAGUGCAUGGUUGCGAAGCUUUAUUUCUGUAUACAGAUGCUCUCUGUUCAUGAUGGAAACCAAAUUACUCUGUUGCUAUGCCUUUUGUGUCUAGCAGUUGAGAGGAUGAUACGACCGCCGUACUGCUGGGUACUGGGGUUGCCCUUUUCAAAAUAAAUUUCCUUUUAUUAUUGUUGCUGCUUCAAUUAUUAGCAAAUGAACCAUUUGUUAUCAUACCCCCAAAUUACAAUCGUUUAAAUUUUAAGAAAAGAUGUUCCUAAAUGCACUCUUUUUUUCUUUUUUUAAGGGCUGACUGUGCGUUUAUAUAACAACAGUCCAGUAUAAUGUAGAAAAUGAAGCACAAAUUUGGGACAAAAGAAUGUCAAUUUAAAAAUACCUGUAGAUAAGAAAAUUAUUAGCCAUGCGCAACAAUUAUAGAUUUAAAUAAUGACCAUGAUAUUUCCCAGAUGAAAACUCCUCCCAUCAUAUUUUGCCUCCAAAAUGCCAUAGUUCAUUCCCUCAACUGCUAUCAAUAGGGUAGAUGCUUUGAUUUUUUUUCCAUUUUUCCCCCCAAGUUAUAGCGCUGUACUGCUUGUUUGUGUUUAGAAGUGUGCGUUAUGUAAGUCAUCUUAGUAUGCUACUUCUAUGUUUAUUUUUUGGUUCUUUUAAUAAAAUGCAUAAAUUUCA